CUCGGACACCACCUUACACGCCAAAAUGCCUAACAAGAACUCUAUCAACAGACCAAAAAACUCUAUCAACCGUAUGAGAAAGGCCCACUCCAUCGGUAAAAAGAGAGCCGCCAAGGUCAGAGCCGGUGCCUUCGCUCCAGCCAGAUCCGACAAGGAGUCUACUUCUGGGCAACCAAAGUCCACCGCUGUUGCCUUAUACACCGGAAAGAUGGUUCCAACUGGUGUCCACACUAACACCUUGUCUAAUAAGAGACUCAAGAAGAUUGAGCGUAACAAGAAGUAUGUCGCUGCCAGAAACGUUUCCUUGUUGAUUGAUGUUGCUGCCAAGCAGGAGGAAAAGAUGGAGAUUGACGAGGAAAACAUUGCCCUCAAGAAGGAUGUCACCAAGAAGACACAGGCCUCCUUAGUCAGAGACGCCUUGUGGUCGAUUAUCGAGGACCGCGCCUCCGAAGGGCUUUCUGUCCAGAUUACGGGUGACGGUACCACCUUGGGCUCUGCCGUGUUCUAAGCAGCCAAACAGCUCUAUUUUAUAGAGGAAUACCUUUUUCUGUUUGGUGGAGUCCGCGGUCGAUGCAGUGGUUUCACCAUCCUUCUUCUGUUUUCCUUUUGCAUUGGGUCUUUUUAUUGUUUAUGGAGGAAUUGCGAAAACUUUCACGAUUGGGUCUUCAUGGAUUCUUUUACCGCAUUUUGUAUACUAGUAUAACGCUUUGAUUACUGAAAUUGGGGUUUGUAGGGCAAGCGAAAGACCGAGAAUCGCCAGAGCUAAUUGCAGAUUCAAAAAAAAAGGAAAUAGAAGGGG